CCUCCUGUCUCUCCUAAAGGUAUGCAUAUAUAUAUACACACACAUUAAAUACAAAUGUGUUGGAUGAUGAUGGUGCUCAAGUAUUGUUUCUUGAUAUGUAGGGCCAGUCGAACCCAACCAGCCUAAUCCUCUUCCUCUAAAAGUCCCAUCUGAUCCAAAAACGGACAAUACUUUGACUACACUGCUAGAAAAGAUACGAGAUAAAUUGCCAAAUCAUUUGCCAAGGCUCACUCCCACUCAUCGGUUACUAGUGUUUUUGGUUCUGCUAUUGCUAUCAGUCAUUAUUUUGUUGACCCUGGCUCCUCGGCCAUCACCACCAUCACCAACACCACCAUCAUCAACAACAUCACCAACACCGCCUCCAAUUAAGCCUGGAAACUCAAUAAAUACUGGUGUUCAGUCAAAUCCAGGAGGAGGCGUGUCCUUUUCCUGGCUCACAAAUUUCUUGAGUAACAAUUACAUUUCCAUAAUCUUAUUGUUGUUCCUAGCUAUUCUGGCUGUGCUCUGGCGUUCCAUGAUAGAGGGCUCAGAGAAUGGUCCACAAGAGAAAGUUGCUGCUACAGAUCGUCCCGAACUUGAUAAUGGUACAGAUCAAGAAAAUCCAAAGGAAGCUCCUUCCAACAAAGAGGGUCAUGAUACCCCCAAGGAUUCGGCUUCCUCAACAAAGAUCUUACCAAUAAAGCUAGACAUCUUGAAGAGUAUUGUAUACGGAGGUCUAAUCGAGUCCAUCACAAGCUUUGGUGUUGUAUCCUCCGCUGCUGCAACCGGAACUUCGACUCUGAACGUUUUGUCUUUGGGGCUAGCCAAUUUAUUCACUGGCUUUUUUAUAAUCAUUCACAACCUACAUGGACUCUUUAAACGACCACGAUAUCAAAGGUUGAACGAUGAUGAUAUGCCGCAAGAAACCAUAGAUCCAUACAAGGAACGACUAGGAGAAAGACACAGAGUCAUACUCCAUUGCUUCGUUGUUUUGGUAUCCUUCAUCUUCUUCGCCGUGAUCCCUCCCCUCUUCUACGGCUUCUCUUUCAAAAUAACAGACAGGGGAUGUUACCAAGAAGCUGCGAUUUUCAUUGCCGCAUCUCUGGCCUGCGUCAUCUCUCUCUCGUUUUCCAAAGUUUACGCCUUUGGCAUGGAUAAACUCACGACCGUGGCUGUAUACACUGGUAUAACCAUUUGUGGGUCUUCUCUUUCUUACAUUGCAAGUCAAUACGCUGUAGGUGUGUUUGCAACGUAUGACUUCCAUAAGCUUGCCGCUGGUUACCUUGAAAGAUGAUUUACAGAUCCCAGAAGAUGUUUUAUGUAAGAGUUUGUUCUUUAACUGCCUUGUGUCCCAGGUCUUUUUUAAUGUUUUUGUUUGUUUGUAAACGAACUUGUUUUGUUUCUCUGUAAGCAAAAACGUUCGAAUCUUAUCAAUAAUAAUAAUAAUCAGUUUCGUUUU